AUGAUAGCAUUGGCUAGGCUGCAAUAUUUAAAUGGCCGCAAAUUGCCAGUUUCCACAACUUUCUUCAUGUCUUCCGACUCGUCUAAAUUCACCGGCACCGGGACCGGUGGCGAUAUUAUGAAGGUUGAUCUUAAUGAACAAUUCGAUAAGGCUGAUAUGGCAUGGAUUGGAACCGCCGCCGUUCUUGUUUGGAUCAUGAUUCCUGGUGUUGGUCUUUUAUACUCAGGAAUGUCCAGGAAAAAACACGCGUUAUCGCUUAUGUGGGCGUCUAUUAUGGCGUGUUGUGUAACCACUUUUCAAUGGUUUUUCUGGGGUUACUCGUUGGUGUUCUCUGAAGGUGGUUCGGUAUUUUUGGGUACCAUGAAAAAUUUUGCACUUAUGGAUGUAUUUGGUGCUCCUGCUGUGGUCACCUCCGUCCCUGCAAUUCUCUUUUGUUUCUACCAGGGAAUGUUCGCUGCUGUCACUGCCAUUUUGAUGGUAGGUGCUGGCUGCGAAAGAGCAAGGUUGGGUCCAAUGAUGGUGUUUUUAUUUAUUUGGUUGACGGUGGUAUACUGUCCCAUUGCUUACUGGACUUGGGGUGCUAACGGAUGGCUCUUCAACCUCGGCGCUCUUGAUUUUGCUGGCGGAGGUCCAGUGCAUGAAAAUUCCGGUUUCGCAGCUUUGGCUUACUCGUUGUUGUUGGGUAAAAGACACGAUCCUCUCACUACAGGUAAAGUACCCAAGUACAAACCACACUCUGUGUCUUCUAUUGUGUUGGGAACGAUUUUCUUGUGGUUUGGGUGGUUUGGUUUCAACGGUGGUUCCACCGGUAAUGCUACCAUUCGUUCAUGGUAUGCCUGUGUGAACACCAAUCUUGCUGCUGCUUGUGGAGGAUUGACAUGGAUGUUUGUUGACUGGUUCAGAACCGGUGGAAAGUGGUCUACAGUUGGUUUAUGUACCGGGGCCAUUGCCGGGUUGGUGGGUAUUACUCCUGCUGCUGGAUUUGUUCCUGUCUAUACCGCCCCGGUUUUCGGAGUUAUUCCUGCCAUAGUAUGUAACUUUGCUGUGGACUUGAAGUCGCUCUUGCAAAUUGAUGACGGUUUGGAUGUGUUUGCGUUACAUGGAGUUGGUGGAAUUUGUGGUUCGAUUUUGACCGGUCUUUUCGCAGCCGAUUAUGUUGGUGCUUCUGACGGUUCGGUUGCAAAUGAUCCUCUGGGUGCAUCUCUCUACCAAGGUUGGUUCAAUCACCAUUACAAACAAUUGGGCUACCAAUUGGCUGGUACAUGCUCGGUGGGUUUGUGGAGUUUUGUUGUAACCUUCAUUAUUUUGUUCGUCUUGGACAAGGUACCUCAAUUGAGACUUCGGUUACAUGAAGAUGAAGAAUUGAUGGGAACAGAUCUUACUGAAAUUGGUGAGUUUGCUUACCAUGAAGAGGACAUCGAGUCCAACGACAGCGACAAACUGCCCUAUGUAAUUGAUCCAAUCAGAUCUACAGAUGCUCGGGUCGCCAAGUUGAAGGCUGCCCUGUCCAACCCUGAAGGUGCCAUUGAUGGAACCACCGCCCAUGGAGAAAUCCACAGUCCUGACGAUGCAACUACAAGCGAAAACUCCAAGAGUGGUUGA